AUGUUCCGAAUAAACUGUUUAAAUGGUAACGAUAAGGUGGAAAACGAUGAAAAAAAUAAUUUCCUACGAGAUCUAGACGAUGAUGAAUGGCAUAUAACACAUUUAAGAAAAAUGGAGCACGAUCUUCAAGGCUGUGAAGGAGAGACUUUCGUUGAAAAAGCUAAAAGGUAUCGUAAGUCUUUGAAAAACGAUGGAGCUCUGGUAGAAUUGGUGUCAUCAAAUGCUAUUCCUUUCAAUCCAUAUGACAUAGAAACUGAUAAGUGCAAAGCCAGUGUACCUCGAGAACGUAAUCAGGUUUUGGUUUCCAAAGAAUUAAAUUCAACGAAUAUAACAAAUACAAAUGAUGGAGAAGUCAAAUCAGCAACUAUCAGUACUAGAGCUGUAGUCAAUGAUCCUGAGAAACUGCUAAGAAAUAAAACGCAAAGAAGAAGCGAAUACCAGUUCAGUUCAGAUGAAUAUUACGAUGAUGUACAAGAUUUCAACAGCGCAGCCUGCCCGGAGGACGUGGAGGUCAUUACGUUGGAACUGGACCAGAUACGGAAUUAUUACGUCGAGUGUGAAGCUAUCGUAGAGUGGAGGAGCUUAGAGGAACCUCAUGAACAUAAUUAA